AUGUCCGACUCCCCCCAAUCCAAUAACCCCAAAGACGUCGAACAAAGUGCACCGUCGGGUGACGACGAAGCACAAAUGAACGACCCCCAAGACCCACAUUCCAGCGGGCUCACAUACGAGUCUGGUUUCGAGGUGAAGGAGCAGGACCGCUGGUUACCCAUAGCCAAUGUGGCUCGUAUCAUGAAAAAUGCGCUUCCCGAAAAUGCCAAGAUUGCUAAGGAGGCAAAGGAAUGCAUGCAGGAAUGCGUGAGCGAGUUCAUCUCCUUCAUUACAAGUGAAGCAUCGGAAAAAUGCCACCAGGAAAAGAGAAAAACUGUCAAUGGCGAGGACAUCCUUUUUGCUAUGAACUCACUGGGCUUUGAGAACUAUGCUGAAGCUCUCAAGAUCUACCUCACCAAGUACCGAGAGCAGCAGUCGCAGUCCAACCGGGGUGAGAAUGCUCAAAAUCGGCCCAAUAACCAAAACUACAAUGCUACUGGGGCAUCAAAUACCACCACUGCCCCAGGCGGCUUUAACAAUGCUCAGCUUCAAGAACAACAGACCGGUGGUGAUCCCAACAACUAUGGCCUCUAUGGUCAACCUGACCAUAACGGCACAACAACCAAUUAUUGA